UCGUAACUGUUAGUAGGACGUGAUACAGGUGCAUCUUGUGAUGUGUAACUGUAUAACGUACAGGUCGCUGUUAGUAGAAGUAUGAUGAUGGGAUACACCAAAGCACUAAACAUCUGUGGAUGUAUACUUUGAACUUUCUGACAAUAUCUUUGACUGUCGGCAAUAGCUUCAUUCGUAUUACUAUUAGGAACUUGUUCUCGAACUUCGAAGUUGCUUAUUUACCUUUUUAUUCAGUAACUGAAGCGCGUGAGAGAUAUAAAUACCUUUCCUGUAGUCCUUCAUUACGAAGCAUGGGGCGUUACGGUAAAAUCCGCGAUACUUUAAGCAGAAGUUUCCGAAUGCAGCAAAAUAUAUUCUGUGUGAAUCGAAGGUAAAGAAAAGUAGAAAGUUAUAAGUGUGGGGUAAUGGCACUGUUACUAUAAUUUGUUUAUAGUUAUAACCAUAAGCUUAACAUUUGAAGUGUUUUAUUUUGAACCUUAAUAUUAAAUUAUCCAUAAUUAAAUGAAAAUACGUUUUGUAUCCGCAUAAAUUUGGAGACCUGACAAUCUGUGAAAUUUCUGCUAUCGGAAGUUAUGUAAUUGUAAUACAGUAGUAUUAUAAAAUAUAAAUUUCACUUUCUGAGCAAUAUAACAUCUCACCAUACAACAUUAGUCAUGGUGAAUUCGAUGUCCAAGUUAAUACAUCGUACAGCAGAGAAGGCAAAUGUACCCCCAGAAGUUAUCACAAGAGGAAUGACUGUAGCUAUUUUAGCAGUCUACGCCUUAAGAAUUGGAUAUCCAAUUUUAUGUAGUUCAUUGACUAUAGUUGGGAAUAAAGCUAGAGAAGCACAAGAAAAAAUUUCUAGCACAAGUCCAAUUAGAUCCUUGGAAAGAAAUCAGUUGUUAACUGAUGAGGAUGUUGAACAACCACUUAAAACAUUUGAGAAAAAGUCAAGAAAGGAUAGUAAAUCGUUGACAAUACAAGAGCUUACAGAUGGCUUGACGAAACAGAAGUUACAUUUGUCACCAGCAUUUAACAAGCAGUUUUUGCUACAGCUUGUAAAGCUAAUCAGGAUUAUGAUCCCUAAAGUACAUUCAGUUGAGAUGGGUCUUCUUGGCUUACAUACUCUGUCUUUGGUAACAAGAUCAUUUUUGUCAAUCUAUGUUGCAAGGCUAGAAGGUCAUGUCGUUAAAAAUAUAGUUAGGAAAGAUAUCAUGAAAUUUGCUUUGCAACUUUCCAAGUGGCUUCUAGUGGCAAUACCAGCUACUUUUAUCAAUAGUCUUAUACGGUUUUUGGAAAGUCAGCUAGCAUUAGCAUUCCGUACUCGUUUGGUUCGUCAUGCCUAUGAUCUGUAUUUUAAAAACCAGACUUACUAUAGAGUAAGUAAUUUAGAUGGCCGCUUAGAAAAUGCAGACCAUUGCCUGACUGAUGAUAUUACAACAUUUUCUCAGUCUGUUGCUCACUUGUAUUCCCAUAUCACUAAGCCAUUUUUAGAUGUUGUGAUUAUUAAUUUCACAUUACUUAAAAUGGCUAGAAGUAUGGGAUCUUUUAGUGUAGCUGGAAAUGUUUUAGGAGGAGCAAUGGUCUCUUUAACAGGACACAUCCUUAGGAAGCUCUCACCAAAGUUUGGAAAACUUGUAGCCGAAGAAGAGAAACGAAAAGGAUAUUUAAGAUUCAUUCACUCUCGACUCAUUGCUAAUUCUGAAGAAAUAGCUUUCUAUGGAGGACAUGAGGUUGAACUAACAAUGCUACAGAGAAGCUAUAGGUCUCUUGCCAGACAGAUGAAUCUAAUUUUCAACAAACGUCUUUACUAUGUCAUGCUUGAGCAGUUCCUCAUGAAGUACUGUUGGAGUGCUGUGGGAAUGAUUAUCAUUUCUCUUCCAGUUUUGACUGGAAAACAACAGACAGAAAAUGGUGAUGGAGACAAAGAUGAUGGAGUCAGUACAAGGACACAAUACAUGACAACUGCUAAAAACAUCUUGAUUGCUGGAGCAGAUGCUGUAGAGAGACUUAUGUCCUCCUAUAAAGAGGUCACCGAGUUAGCAGGAUACACAUCUCGAGUAUCUAAGAUGUUUACGGUGUUUGAAGAUGUUAGUCAAGGCAAAUACCAAAGAACCCUUGCAACAUUGAAUACAAGAGAGAGUAAAAAGUCUUUCAAAGUACAAGGACUUACUUUUAUAAAUGGCAUGCCAGAAAUCAAAGGAACAGUUAUUGAAAGAGAGGAUGGUAUCCUGAAACUGGAACAUGUGCCUAUCAUCACUCCUAAUUGUGAUGUUGUAGUUCCAGACUUAUCAUUUACUAUGACCAAAGGGAUGCACCUGUUAAUCACUGGACCAAAUGGAUGUGGGAAAAGUUCCUUAUUCAGAAUAUUGCGUGGACUUUGGCCAACAUAUGCUGGCCGUUUAGUAAGACCACCAACAGGACAGAUGUUCUAUAUUCCUCAGAGACCUUACAUGUCACUGGGAACUCUGAGAGACCAAGUUAUUUACCCUGAUACAGUGAAGGAUAUGAAGAAGAAAGGUCUGACAGAUAAAGAUUUGGCAAGUAUCUUGGCCAUUGUCAACCUUCAGUCAAUUAUCACCAGAGAAGGAGGCUGGGAUGCUAUUGGAGAUUGGAAGGAUAUUUUGUCAGGUGGUGAGAAACAAAGAAUGGGAGUUGCAAGAUUGUUUUAUCACAGACCUCAAUUUGCUCUUCUUGAUGAAUGCACUAGUGCAGUGUCUAUUGAUGUUGAGAGCAAGAUGUAUCAGGCUAUAAAGGAUUUUGAUAUUUCUCUUUUGACCAUCACACAUCGUCCCUCUCUGUGGCAGUUUCAUACUCAUCUUCUACAGUUUGAUGGAGAAGGAAGUUGGCAUUUAGAGCCUCUUGACACUAAUACUCGCUUGUCUUUACGUGAAGAAAAAGAGAGGCUAGAAGCUCAAUUAACUGGAGUUCCGCAGAUGGAGGGAAGACUUCAAGAGCUCUGUACGCUUUUGGGAGAAGACUCUGUGGUUCUCCGGCGUCCCUCUGCUGAUGGAACAGAGGAUUCUCUCCAAGAGAAAACUCCAGUUGCUAACACAGAGCCCUUAUCUGACUAACAAUGCUAGAGGAAGUUAUUUAUUAUAACAUUACUUAACUUUUUGUGUAUUCAGAUAUCUUCUUCAGCAUGCAAAAUUUACUAUUAACUCAUUUUAGAUAUAGAAUAGGAAACUGUCUCAACGAACAGUGUGGAUUUGUGACAUUAACUUUCAACACUUGUUGUUUUAGUUGCCCACAUGAUACGAUGUCUGGAUAAUUUCAUUUUUUUUAAACUUGCAUGAUAUCAAAGUACAUUUUUCUGCAUAUACACUGACUGGACAGAUUUAUUUAAUUACAUGAGAUUUUCAGUAAAUUGUUGUUGUGCAGUUAGUGAUGCUUUUUGCUCAUUGUCAUGUGCUGUUUAUAGUUAAAUCACAAUUAAGGAAACUGGAUACUCUGAUUUUUUUUUUUUUUUAGGUUGGUGUUACCUAACUCAAUGCUAAAAGGAGUUUCCUUUUCUCAAUUAUGCUUGAGUUAUCAUGUUUUCUUGAAUUUUUAUUUCCUCCUUUUGUGUUUUUGAGCUUGAUGCAUACCCUGAAAAGUGUAGAUAAUUAUUAGACAGAAUCCUUGUGUUUCUAUCUUUAUAGUUUCACAAAGCUACAUUAUCAUACUUAUAGAAAAGCAGAGAUCCUGUUUAUUGUUCAUUAAGAACAUGUACAAGAAACAUUUUAAUUGUCUGAUGAAAGACAGCUAAAGUUGCAUAAAACUGUCAAAUAAUCAAUAUAUAAGUUUGUACAUACAGCUGUACUGUUUUUUUUCACUAUCUAAAAAUAACUACUUAUUUUAAAAAUGAACAUUCUCAUGACUCAUCGAUGAUAUUACAUCAAGACAAGCAUUUUGAAGUGGUUUUUUUCAGGACUGAUAAUUGUAUAAUUAUACAUAUAUGUAUAGAAAUACAAAACUCGAAACAAAUCAACAGAAAUUGCAAAUAGGCAAAAAAUUCAGGAGCAUGAACCAGAUAUGAACAAUAAAAUUAAAUUCACACGCUACAUCACAAAUAGAUAGAUAAGAAAAAGAAAACAUAAUGCUUAGAUUAUUUUCAUCAAUGCUGGUGUUUUCUGAUGUGACUUUUUAUUAAAAUACUAAAUUUUUUCAACAUUACUUCAUGUUUAAAUAAUGAAAGAGAAUGGAGAACAAUCGCAUAUUCAAGCAUUUCAUAUUGUCAUAUCAGGACAUUAGGAAUUGAUGUGUUUGAAAGAAAAUGAAGUUUGAUAAAAAGAAAAAGGAUAAUGACACUUAUGACAAGCAAUGUUAACAUCAGAAGGGAUGCAGGUAACUGGUUUGGAAUUCUACAGAUUCCAUCUUCGUUGUUGAUAGAUUAUAGAAAAUCCACAAUAAAAACUCAUUGCUGAUAGAUUAUAUAGUUCUAAACAAUUAGCUAACAAAGCACGUUAACACUUUUACAAGGUGUGUUAUUAUUUGGAUUUAAAAACUUGUUGGUACAGGAAUCUUUAGUGUUUUAAUAAUAUCAAUAGUAUAUUUUAAAGAAAUAUGUUUGAUAAUGUUAUUUAAAUGUUAUUUAUUCAAGCAUUUCAUAUUGUCAUAUCAGGACAUUAGGAAUUGAUGUGUUUGAAAGAAAAUGAAGUUUGAUAAAAAAAAAGAAAAAAGGAUAAUGACACUUAUGACAAACAAUGUUAACAUCAGAAGGGAUGCAGGUAAAUGGUUUGGAAUUCUACAGAUUCCAUCUUCAUUGAUGAUAGAUUAUAGAAAAUCCACAAUAAAAACUCAUUGCUGAUAGAUUAUAUAGUUCCAAACAAUUAGCUAACGAAGCACAUUAACACUUUUACAAGGUGUGUUAUUAUUUGGAUUUAAAAACUUGUUGCUACAGGAAUCUUUAGUGUUUUAAUAAUAUCAAUAGUAUAUUUUAAAGAAAUAUGUUUGAUAAUGUUAUUUAAAAGUGUUGGUUCAUGUACUGUAACAGUCUUAAUUGAUAAAUUUACUUGUUUAUCAUAGCAACAACUAAGUUCACUAAAUCCUUUUUAGUUCACUUGUUAUGGUUUUCACUAAAGGCACACAGAGUUCUGUAACUUUUUACACUUGUAAAGUACUGUUUUGUGCCUAAGGAUUACUUAUUUUUAAAAUUCUCAUGUCAGGCAGUUUUCUGUUGACAUGCAAAUGCUGUUUUUUUUGCUGAUCACUCGGCAAGUUAAUGUUGAUUUUAUGGACAGAGCAUGCAUCCUUAAUAUGUAAGGGAGGACUGAGUAUGGUCUUUCAAUUAGCAUGCCAGACUUUGUAUCGAGGGUCCAUAGUUUGUAUCCUUUUGUCACACAAUUUCAUUCCACAUUCUGAGACCAUGGAACAUUAUAAUACAACAGUAAAAUCUUAUUAUUUGAUUAGAGAAGCCCAAAAGUUGGUGAUGGGUGCUGUUGACUAGUUGUUUUCCUCUAGUCUCUUAGUUCAAAAUUAGGGAUGGCUAGUGCAGAUAACCCUUGUGUAGCUUUGCACAAAUAUCUAAAACAAACAAACACAAAAUAUAUAAGGGAAGGUUUUACAGUGUAGUAGAUCAAAACAAAGUUUACAAGAAAUGGUUUUUAUUGUAGUGGACAUCAAAUAGGUGUUGAUAUUUAUGUUAUUGGUGUAUUAUGGUUUGUAAAAAGGAAUUCAAGAGCACAAAGUUGUAAGUGACUAUUUGAAAUUGCUUUAUGAAGCUAUACUAUUAAUCAUUUGCUUUUACAUAUAAAAUACAAGUGUUAUAUUCUCAGUGUUUUAAUACGUACUCUGUCUAUUGAGUACUUUUAAAAAAACUUCAUUAGAAGUGGAGAAACCUGAAUUACUGGUACUUAGUAUUCUUAAGGAUAGUAUUAUUAAGUAUUAAAUCUUUCUUGUGAUUUAUGUGGUAUUAUGUACUUUAAUUCAUGUGCAACUUUGAAAGGGUUUUCUGUUGAAGUUAUUUGAAUAUUCUGUUAAUUGUAUUAAGUAAACUGUAAAAGUAAUAUUCUCAAAAAUUAUAUAAGUAUAAAAAUAUUUAAAAAUAAAAAAAAAAGAAAAGUGUAAGAUAAAAAAUACAAUAAAAUUACAUUUUGCCACCAUUAACGUGGCAUCAUCAAGUUCUUUACACAAUGGAACACAUCAUAUUAAAAUACAUCUAAUAGCGACAUCACGAACACAAACUUUAUCUUAACAUAGAUAUAAACCUAUUCCUUGCAUUUUAUUUAUUAGAGGUCUAUUUUGUUUUAUUGAAAUAGCUUCUUUUAUGAUUGUUAAUAUUAAGUUCACAACAAAUAAUGUGGUGAAACAUGGUUUUAUUGUAUUUUUUCUAUCCCAUUUUAGUUGUUUAAUUGAUACAUCAUGCUUUAAAUUUAUAUGUAGCUCAUUGAACUAUUUGAGCAGUAUUGGUCAAGAAGAAUUUCAGUAUUGAUAAGCUAAAUAAAAAGUGAAGUAAUUAAGUUUUGUUGCCUUCAUUUUUAAAGGGCGUAUUAACAGAGUUGAUGUAAGACAGAUUAUUGAAACAUUUCCAUAGAUUAUUUAUACAAUGUAACAGAACAUUAUGUGGUGACAUUAAAACCAGUGUUGAAUAUACUAAUAAUUUGUGAAUGUUACCAAAAUGACAGAUGGAGAGGUAAUACUCUCAUCAUUUCAUUGGAAAACUUGCAUUGUUUCAAGACUAGUUUUGUUGACGUGGGAUAGAAAUAACUUACCUUUCUUGGUCUUCAUUUACUGGUGGCAAAUUCAGAUUGUUAUUUUUCAUUUACAAGUUUUUACAAUCUCUUGUUUUAUGAAACAUUAAAACAUUCAUUUCUUCAGAACAAUUAUGCAUUCCAUUUUCAACCUCGAUUGUUUUAUGUAUCUAUACAGAAAAAAAAGAGUAAAAUGUUGUUUCUAAAAUAUUUUAGGCAGUAUAGACAUAGUUGAGUUUUGGCUUUAAUGGACUGCUCCUGAUUUGUUUCUGUAUUGGGACUAUUGUUUCAGCUUUUGUACUGAGGCCUUUUCUUUCAGGACUUUGACUUUAUAAAGGCCUCCAUAUAUAGAAGCCAAAAUGUUGUCCUACUCUAGAAAUUGGCAGGAAUAAUACAUUUUAAUAUAAACCCAGUUGAGUAAAACGUUUUUAAAUUUAUGCAAUUUUUUUAAACUCUUAGUUAUAACUAUUACAUUCUAGUUUCCACUAGAACAGGUUUUAAGUUUAUGGAAGUUUAAUGAUGAGGUACUUUUUAAUAAAUUUAGUACUUGUGAAGAGAGAGAGAGGUUUCUAUUUGUUCAAAAAAUCCUAGUGGAACAUUGUUUAGCAUUGAAAACAUUUUACUUUAAUUUUACAUGUAAAUUACAGUGAAUUUCUUGAUUUUAUUUUGUAAAAUUCUUCCUUAAAUUAAUAUUUUGUUAUACCAUUUUAAGUUUUAUAUAAUAAAUAUAUAUAUAUAUUUGUUUUAAAAAUGAAAGUAACAACAAAUGUAACUUGCAUAAGCCAUACUAAGUAAGAACAUUAGUAAUAUUGAUUGUAUUAAGCAGUGCCCUUUGGUUUAAAUUCUUUAAUUAACAAGUUAAUAAAAAACGUAUUUAAUGCAGUUCAAAAUGUAUGCCUUUAGUGGUUUUCGUGAAUUAUUGUAAAACAAUAAAAAAAAUUGCCUACCAUUUUAAUGUUAACAUUUUAUAAUUUAUUGAAACAGGAAGAUGUAACCAGCUUAUUUGUAUAUGUAGUAUAUUAAUAAACAAAUUAUUGAUGUUUUUA